UCAUCACUUUACUUCCUAUCUUUCAGUUUUGAGCUCCAAUGGGGACUCUCAACCUCUCUCUCUUACCCAAAACCCUAAAAACCCCAUACACCCACCUCAAACCCAACCCCACCGCAACCGUAGCCCACUGCUGGACUCGCUGCAGCUCGAACCACACUCCACAUCGUGCCCUAGUCCGCGCCGCCGUGGAUGGAGAUUACUCCUCCAGGAGGAGUAUCAGCAACGAGCCCAGAGAGACGAUACUGCUACCGGGAUGUGACUACAACCACUGGCUCAUAGUCAUGGAGUUCCCCAAAGACCCUGCACCCACUAGGGACCAAAUGAUUGAGACCUAUCUCAAUACUCUCUCCACUGUCCUCGGAAGCAUGGAAGAAGCAAAGAAGAACAUGUAUGCUUUUAGUACCACCACCUACACUGGAUUCCAGUGCACUGUAUCGGAAGAAACAUCCGAGAAAUUCAAAGGAUUACCUGGAGUUCUAUGGGUACUGCCAGACUCCUAUAUAGAUGUUAAAAACAAGGACUAUGGAGGAGAUAAGUAUAUCAAUGGGGAGAUAAUUCCUUGCAAGUACCCUACUUAUCAACCAAAGCAACCUAACCGAUCAAAAUAUGAUAGUAAAAGGUAUGUGAGACAGAGAGAUGGUCCUGCCUCAGGCCAAAGAAGACCAAGACAAGAGGCAACUCCAUCAGAAUCUACCUCUGGAUGAGGAACUUAAAUUUUUUGAAAGUGUCAUUUUUGGGUACCGGAGAGGAAUUGCCAUGUGGAAAAUGCUGAUAUUAAUUUUUUAGGCGUGUAUUGGUUGGCAGGCAUACAUAGAUAGCUUGAGGUUAGAAAAACCCUGCUCUAGUAUUAAGAUGUGAUCAAGUGCUAUGUAUAUUGUAAUUUGUUUGUUUGACAGUAAGCUUCAUUAUGAGUAGUAGGAGGCAAUGUUGUAUGAGUAUGUUGAAUAGACCAAGUUUUGACUUGAUGAUUUACAUACAGCUGAAUUUGUUUUUCGUGCAACUAUUAAUGUCUAUGAUUGACUUAUAUA